AUGCUAAUUUUGACGAAUAUAAGUAGGGAAAUGAACUUUGAAGCUUCCAAAGUCAACGGGAGAGUUUUUCUGAAGGGAGAUUUUGAAGGGAUAGAGUACAAGGGGUCUGAAUGGAAUUCCCCCUGCUACUACUGUGUUGUUGAGUCUUCGAAUGGUGUGAUUGACUUGGGCAGGGCCGAGGAGGCCAGGAUAGUAGUGUUUGAGACUGUUUAUGAGACAGGUGUGUCACAUAAGAAGACAAGCCUCAAAGAGCUGGCCUUCACCUUCGGAGGGAAAAGACUUGCAGGGUAUCACAGAAGAAAGGAAAUCGACGGAUACUCUAAGAGGGUCUUUACAUCGAGCUUUAAGUUCAAGGACCAGAUACUUCCACCUAUGGAUGAAGAGGCAGAAUGCCCUAAGAAGAGGUUUGUAUUGGAAAGGAUGUUCCCAAAGGAGGUGCUAUCAAGCUUUGAGGAGAUAAAGGUGGAUUCUGUGCUGCUACAUCCAGAUCUAAUGGGGCUGAAGCAGAACAUGAGCUAUAAAACCCACUUUCUACUUGCAGAUUGUAUAAUCAAGCUUAUGGAGAAGAAGUAUAUUACCAAUGAUUGCUUGAAUGAUUCUGGAUAUUCAAGCUUCUUUGCUGUGAUAGAAAAUGAGGUAGAAAACAAGAUGCUGACACCAUUAUGCAGAGAUAAACUUGCUAUCCUCUGCUACAUAUUAUUCCUACAAAUACAAGGAUUCUCUGUUAAAUACGAGGUCUUGCCAGACUUCAAGUUUUCAAAGAAAAAGGUUAUUUCCAUGCACAGGCUGAUAGGGUGCUUGUAUUAUUCGCAAUCUGAUACCUUUAAGUUGAAGUAG